UUACUAUUAUCUUGAUACAUUUAUGGUGUUGUGGUUUAUCAUGUCUUGGACAUGUGGACGAUGCAGUCGUGGCUUUCAGACUAUCUACGUGACAGAUUCCACGUUGAAUGGUCCGGAUCCUAAAGAUUGCUUUGAUCAAAAGUAACGAGAUCCGUAGAUUUUUCAGCCAUUGAAUGUCCACCUUCAGCUAUAUGAUUGCUUGACCAUUCUGUUAAAAUUUCUUGAUUGGACAGCGGGAGCGAUUUUUGGGCCUUAUGUGAUCCAAGGUGGCCAAAAAAGAACUUGCAAAACGCGGACCACAUGGAGAUGAUGAUGUAAUCCAGGUGGCAUGCAUAUAUGCAAUCUGGAUUCUAGUAGACAGUAGAUUACAUGUGGGUCAGUCCAAACCAUCCUAAUCAGGAACCUAUCCAGAUUAAAUCCGGUUCUGAAAUAACACUGAUCAGAGGACAUAAGCCAUCUGAUUUUGAUCUGGUCCGUUGAAUUCAGUCCGUUCAAUUCUGGUGAUAUUUGUGGCGUGCUCCAUCCCCAGUAUGGCCCACGGUUUGGACAGCGUCGAUCAAUCCACCCAUAUGCCCUAUUGGAUGUGACUAAGCUGCCACAAUCUUAUGAAAUGUGAGUACACGUAGUCAAGAGACCAGGGCAAUUUCGUAAAUUAAAAAAUCCCACGCGGGUUUUCUGGUAAUUUAAUCACGACAAGAUUCCCUCAUUUUCAUCACAAACCCAGAAUCUGCCACUUCCUUCCUAAAUCCGUGCUUCUGCCACGUGUCUCAAUUUUAGUGGUCCAUAUGAUAUUUGGACUCGAAAAUAUCCACUGAGGAUAAGGUAUAUAUGUUCCCACCCACUGAUCAACAUCUCCUUCUCUCCAAUGGCUCUCCUCUCUAACUCCGACUACUGGUCUUCUCUCUCUUCCAACAUUCCUCCUCUCAAAACUCUCUCUAAAACCCUAAUUCCAACCCUAGUUCUCUCAAUCCCCACCUCGAGUCGCCGGUCUCUCCUUGUUGCCUCCUCCGGAUCCCCAUCUCCCCUCCUCGAAGAUGCCUCCAAUGACCUUCAAGUUGCAGAAUUCGACUCGAAAAUUUCGGACCUGCAGCAAUCCCCGCCUCCCGAUUUGGUGGACUUCAACCGGUCCAUUUGUGAUCUAUGUAAAGACCCUCAAUCAGAAGCACUCGCCUUUGAAUUGUAUCAGAAAGCGAAAGAUCAACUGGAUUUUCGUCCCAAUCCAGCGACCUUAAAGCGCUUGAUCAGGUGUUUGCUCAGGUCCAAGCAAUGGAGCUCAAUUUCGGUGCUGUUGGAUGAUUUGAGGGAUUUCCGUGUUUUCCCUGAUCGGCUUACAUGCUCUAGAUUGGUAGGUAGUUGCAUUAGGGCGCAGAAGUUCAAGAUCUCAGAGGCGUUGCUUGAAGUUUUUGAGUCUGAGGCUGAAAUUGCUGUUUCGGCAUUUGACUCAGCGAUGCAGAGCUAUAACAAGCUUCAUAUGUAUCGCAGCACGAUUUCCAUGUAUGAACGGAUGAAAGAUGUUGGGAUUUUGCCAGACUCUAGUUGUUAUUGCCGGAUCAUGGAAGCGUACUGCAAGAUUGGUGACACAGAGAAAGUUCUUGAAUUGUUCUUUGAAUUUGAGCAGCAAAAAUUGAAGGUGACAGCUCACAUCUAUUCAAUCCUGUGCGAUUCAUUAGGAAGAUCCGGAAGAGCUUUCGAAGCAUUGAAAUUCUUCAGAGAAAUGAUGGAAAAAGGGAUUGCCCAUGAUUUCUCGUUUUACUCUUCUCUAAUCUGCUCAUUCGCAAGCAUUAGAGAAGUGAAGCUAGCAGAAGAACUCUUCCAAGAAGCGAGAGAGAACAAAAUGCUGAAAGAUCCGGCUGUCUUCUUGAAACUCAUUUUGAUGUAUGUGGAAGAGGGUUUGAUCGAAAAAACCCUAGAUACUGUUAAACUGAUGCUGGAGACAAAAAUGAAAGUUUCGGACUGCAUUUUCUGCGCAAUCGUGAAUGGGUAUGCCAAAAAAAGAGGAUUCAUGGCAACGGUUAGGGUCUACGAGGAGCUGAUUUCGUUAGGGUGCGAACCGGGCCAGGUCACUUAUGCUUCUGUGAUCAAUGUCUAUUGCAGGUUAGGUCUUUUUUCCAAGGCUGAGAUGGCAUUCCUUGAGAUGGAGAAAAAGGGUUUUGAUAGAUGCGUUGUUGCUUAUUCCAACAUGGUUUACAUGUAUGGGAAGCUUGGGAGAUUAAAGGAUGCCAUGAAACUUGUGGCUAAGAUGAAAGAAAGGGGGUGUGAGCCAAAUGUAUGGGUGUAUAACUCUCUCAUAGACAUGCAUGGGAGGGUCAUGAAUUUGAGGCGGGUGGAGAAGCUUUGGAAAGAGAUGAAACGUCGGAAAGUUGCGCCUGACAAGGUGAGCUACACGAGCAUUAUCAGCGCAUACAGCAAUGCUAAGGAGUUUGAAGAGUGUAUGAAGUUGUACCAGGAGUUUCGGAUGAAUGGGGGGAAGAUUGAUCGGACUAUGGCUGGGAUCAUGGUCGGCGUUUUCUCGAAGAGUAGUAGGUUCGAUGAGCUAGUUAAGCUUCUGCAAGAUUUGAAGUCUGAUGGGAUAGGGCUUGAUGCGAGGCUGUAUCGGUCGGCCAUGAAUGCUCUGAGGGAUGCUGGGAUUCUAGUUCAGGUGAAGUGGUUUGAAGAGAGCUUUGGGUUAGAAAAGAUUAAAGGUUGAUAGGUGGCUUUGAUCGAAAUGCACGGUUUUGAACGGAACUGAUGGAGGAUGGUUGUGAUCGAAAUUGAUGAAGGUUAAACUACAUCAGUUUAAAGACUGUUGUGGGCCACGGUUGAGGGAACAUUCAUGGGUAGCAACAAGCUCAUCCAGUGCCACAAUGGCCAGUUGGGACCCUUUUCUCAUUUUUUGUGGAUAAGCAAUGGUUAAGGAUGCAGAACCAUCGAAGUUAUGAUGCGCGUAAGCGGGCCGCACUUCUGAAUGUUUUCACCACUAUAUUAAUGUGUACAUUGAAAUUCAAGUGAUGAUUAUUAUUUUUUAAUUUUCACGGGUGUUGUCGCAGCUCAUCUUCUUUCCACCUUGUAAUGAUGUCUUGAGUACCUUCUAAUCCCUUUUACAUUCGCAUAUAAAUCUAUGUAAAAAUGGUAUCCUAUCAUCACUGAUUCUUAUAA